AUUUUUGAAUCCUUCUCAUUUUUUGGGGGGAAUAAAAACUUCUUUCUUGAAAUGAUGUGCUGAUGACCAAGAAAGCGGAAGAUGGAGAGAGAGGAGACUGCUGACAUACUGACUUCCUGGUCUGCGGCGCCAAUAGACGUCCAUCCCAGCCCGUGGGACCAUGGCGCGAAGAAGAGAAAGCAGGAGCCAGGAUUCAACUCCGUAAUCCGAAUCACGGAGGAUGAAGAGGACGACGAAGAUGAGAUGAACUCGGAGCAGAUGAAGGACUCGGAGGAGCCCAGCAAUAAAAGGGUUAAACCUGUGGUGAAGUCCAACAGCCUGACAGGCAUCAUAACCCCGGUGAAGACCCCGGCCCUGAAACGCUUUGGACAGUCUAUUUCGCGCUCCAUCAGUUUUCGUACCGAGGCGCGACCUUUGCCCCCGGCCCCUCUCCGCUCUCGUCAGAAGGCCUCGUCGUUUCCACGGAGACGCAACAGCCAAUGCUGGAGCGACACCGUGGAGAGCCACGACCUCACUGCGAAGGAGAUCAGACGUCAAGAGGUGAUCUAUGAGCUGACUCAGGGAGAGAGACAACUGAUUGACGACCUCAGUCUGGUUAAGAAGGUGUAUUAUGAGCCCAUGCUGAAGCUGGAUAUCAUGACGGAGAGUGAACUUGGGCAGAUCUUCGGGACUUUGGACUCUCUCAUACCGCUCCAUGAAGGUGCGACUAUAUUGGAGCUGAUCCAGAGCAUCGUGGAGGACGUGAACCAGAAGACGGGCGAGGCGGAGUGUCAGUUCUACCGGCGAGGCCUUACCUACCUGGAGGAAGGCCAGCGGCUCCCUGAAAUCCACCUCUCCCGCUUUCUCUACUGUCACGGAGAACUCAAGAGCAGCAAGGGACAACGUCUGCAUGUGUUCCUGUUUGAGCUGGUUCUGGUGCUGACCCGGCCGGUGGAGGACAGAGACGGCGGGCAGGUGUUCCAGAUCUACAGACAGCCUCUGCCCAACAACCUGCUCAACCUGGAGGAGAUCCCUGAUGGAGAGCCCAGCGGAGCAGGAACCUUCAGAGGAGCCUUCACGGGAGGCAACGAUAAAGUGAGAAACUGUUUCCGUGUGAGCAGCAGGGGGCGCUCCAAAUCCCAGUCUCACAGCUUGCAGGCCAGCGACUCCUUUGACAAGCAGCAGUGGAUAAACUCUCUGCGCCAGGCUAUCGUCCAGUCGCGGGACAGGAUGGCUCAGACCAGCAGCCAACCAAAGCUCGCGGCCCACCCUGACCCCGCCCUCUGUCACAUAGCGGACCUCAGCCUCAGCUCAGACGCGGAGAUGACCGACCACAACAGUCGCUGA